CCUCCCCACCAUUCCUCACCUUACCACAUCCUUUCUUUCCUUCUCGCCUAUUCUUUCUUGGUAACAGUAAUAUUUGUAUCUUCAGCUGCCAGGCGCCGUUUCCUUUUACUCUCUCUUUCUCUCUCUUCCUUUUUCAAAAUCCAGUUUUUACUUACUCUGAUCAUGCCUCCACUGCCUCACUCUUCUCCAUAACCAUCGCACACUCCUCACUCUCACUCACCCAAUUCUUUUUCCUUCUUCUCCCCCUGACACACUCACACACGCAAAUUCAAAUUUCACUACCAAAAACAAUGGUGGGUACAUACAUACUACACACUCAUACACAUAUUUCUGCUUCAAUUUAAUGACCUUUCACACACCUCACUGCUUUCUUCUUUAGCUAUACCAUUUUUAUGCCUCUUUUCAACUUACUUCGCUUCACUCUCCUGACGCAAACACUCAUCAAAAUUCAAAUUGCAAAGGGAAAAAAAUUAUCAUGUCACCCGUGCAGUUCGUUUCUUCCUCCUCUCAUGCUCCUCCUUGGCUUCAACUCCUCCUCACCGAGAAGUUCUACAACGCUUGCAUAAUUCACGAGGAGGCAAAGAAGAACGAGAAGAACGUCUAUUGCUUGGAUUGUUGCAUCAGUCUCUGCCCUCACUGUUUGUCCCCUCACCGCUCUCAUAGACUCUUGCAGAUUAGAAGAUAUGUGUAUCAUGAUGUUAUAAGGUUGGAUGACGCUGCAAAAUUAAUUGACUGCACUUCAGUUCAAUCCUACACGACCAACAGUGCAAAAGUGGUAUUUUUAAACCAAAGGCCACAGGCAAGGAACUUCAGAGGCUCCGGCAAUUUCUGCAGCACCUGUGACAGAAGUCUGCAAGACCCAUACCAUUUCUGCUCCCUUUCUUGCAAGAUCAAUUAUCUGGUCAGAACUAAGGGUUCUCUCUCUGGUUACCUCUUCGAGUGCAACUACUUGCCGCUACCGGAAUGUGGGCUCGACGAUGGUCUGAUGACCCCUGACUCGGUUCUGGAACCGGCCGGUUCGGCUAGAACCUCGUCAGGCUCCGGAGGGUAUGGUGGGGUGGAUUGCAGGACCACCCUGGCUUGCACUGCAACCACUGAGAUUGUGAGGAAGAAGAGAACCGGAGGCUCUGGUUUCCGACCACCGUGCCGACCGGCGUGUUCGCCUGUGUCGGAAAUCUCGGCGGGCCUGAUGAAUCGGAGGAAAGGGAACCCCCAGAGGUCCCCGCUGUACUGAAGGAGUUGCGAGAGGGUGAGGAGGUUCUCUGAGAUGAAAACGAAAAACCGUCUCACGAAAGAAAACAACUUUUUGGUAUUUUGCUAUUAUCAUUAUCAAUUAUUCUAAAUAUUACUAUGGAGUUAAAAUCUGGGAUUGGAACUUAAUACACUUUACAGGGAAGAAAAACCUCCUAGUUUUGUAGAUUAUCACCCUCUGCUUUGUUGCUGCUGCUAUGUAUCUAUGUACCGAGUUUGGUAGAACAAUGUAAUGAUUUAUUUUGAGGUU